AUGAGCAAUAAUUUGGAAAACCUGCGGUCCAGGAUCGUAGCCAAUAUGAAUGGGAAGCGUGGAGAUAAACCAAUACCAACUGGACCAAGCGGAAGUAAUGGUGGCCAAGAUAGAAACGAAGGCGGUUCAGGUGCUGGUGGAGGGCCCUGGAGUCAGGAAAAUAUGGCAAAAGGUUCCCAGAAAAUUGAUCCAAGGCGGGGUGGCAUGAGAGGGGACUUUACGAGAGGCGCAGGAAGUGGUCCCGUGACCGGCAGAAGAAGCGUACAACAGACAUCCUCGAAUACAAUGCCGCUAGGAGCACCUAGCCGCUUUGGAGGGAUGCCUACGGGUCCAGUAAUGGAUGAAACUAGGCGAGGACCACAUAUGCAGCAGCAACAGCAACAGCAACAGCAGCCUGAUGUAAGGAGAAUGCAAGACUCUAGAUGGAAUAACCAUGGCGGGCGCUAUGGAGGAAGUAGAUACGGAAAACGGUUUGACAGUGCUCCUGCUCGCAUAGAGAAACAGCCGAAUCGGUAUUCUGGAUAUGAGGGAGGCAGUAGACUAUCUAGUAGCGGUGGUCGAGGCCCUGCAAGAAAGCCAAGAGCGGUGCCAGGAUCCCCAUAUGCAAGGGAUUGGACACCAGAUUUUAGAAGCAUAGACUGGUCCAAAGUGCCAUCUAUUGAUGAGCGUGUGAGGACCCGCCCCACCAAGUGGGAUGUCACUCCUAAAGGGUUUGAAAAGGUACCAGCGGAGCGCGCGAAGUUAUCAGGGCUAUUCCCUCUUCCUGGGCAGCCGCAGGCCCUAGACCGCACUACACUGGACGGUAUCGCCGAAAAAGGAGAACUGAAUCGUCGUACCAAAAUCCUUUUUGAGGACCCUACGAAGCAUAAUCUUGCUCAGUGCAAGCUAAACAGGACAUUAAUCAUUACAUCCAUGGAGCUGGGAUUUACAGACCAAGAGCGCGUUGCCAACGAGAUAAAUAGACAUCUGUCUCGAGUGACAUUUGAGGAUAAAUUCGAGGUAGAGGGCUGGAAGGCCAAGGGAAAUCAUCUGGUCCUACAGCUAAACUCAGAGGGGGCCACCACAUUGGUUUUGGCCUCUAAAACUUAUCUUGAACGGUCAAUAGGACUACAAUUUGUCUGGCAGAGGCCCGGCGAAUACGUUGCCAGAAUUGAUACCGAUGAGUCUAUCUGUAACAGGUUUAACAUAGCAUUACUCGACGUACCGGUCGAAAGGGCAGAGGAAGUACCCACGUGGAUGACCGAGCGAGGAAUCGAGUACACCUGGCUGUAUUCUCUUGAGCUGACCGACGGCGAUGAAAGGACGUUCGCAAAAGCCGUCCUGUAUACCCCCGCAGCCAACCAAACCUCUAGUUCGAUACUUGAGGGCCUAACAGCUCUCAAACCCAACGACUCCCAACUGGCGCUGGACUUCUCGGGCAUCUCUUACCAGACGUUUUCGAAAGUCGCCGCCGCGCAAGUGCACAAGCCGUCGAGAGUAGUUUGCCUGCUUAACGCUGUGGACCCAGUGGACCUUAAGAAUGAACGCUACUACCAAGAGAUUCAUGACGCUAUGAUGUUCGGUACCCCGGUGACCAGCUGUGGCGCAGUGGAAAGCAUAAAGAUCCCCAUCCCAAGCCCUGAUUACAGAAACAACUUCGCGACUAUCCCUCUACAAGUGGGCAAGGUAUUCAUCAAAUUCACAGAUAUCCGCAGCGCCGAGCGAGCUAUGCUGACACUCGCCGGAAUGCGCUUCGGUGAACGCACCAUAAUAUGUAGUUAUUUUAGUGAGCGCGACUUCGACCUGGACCUAAUCUAG